AUGCAUGAGGGCGUCCUCUUCGUCGCCAGGUAUAAUUGCGCUUCCAAUGUCCCGCUGGUGGGAGUGGAUCCUAGGCCGAGCCGCGAUCCAGGGGAAGGCCCAAGUCGGCAGAAUGAUGGCGAAGUUCCAGAUAACAUUACCCAACGGCAAAUCCAGCGACGAUUCCUGGCAACGCUCUACAGUUCUGGCCUCGAAGGGAAAUUCGACGCCCUCGAGGAUCACGAAACCAGGAUCGUCCCGUCCAGUCUGGCUUGGUUCGCAGAAGCUCUCAAGCGAGACCUCUUCACGGCAGAGGCAGAGCAAGCUCGGACGCAGCAGCUCAUAUCGAUCUUCGACGUGGAUGGACCAUGCCUCGUUGCUCCCGUCUUCAACUCAGACUGGGAAGUGCUGCCUCGUCCUGAUAUCAGAAGUAUGAGUAUCUGCUUGGUGGUUGAACCGGUGGAGAAGGCCAAGUCAGAGAGCCAUGGGAAGCAGAGCGCCGCUGUCGAUGAAGAGCAACUCAUAAUCGGCGGCAAAGGAAAGGAAUCUGAACAGAAGCCUGUUACAUCUGACACUCAUGAUUUUAUGGUAGGCGGCAAGGGGAAGGAACCUGAGCACUCACCCUCUACACCCGACGCUGGUGAUCUGGGAAUAGCCUCAAACACGGAAUCUGCCGACCCAACUUCGUACAGAGUGUUGGAUAAGGUGAAGGGAAUGUGGCAAAUAAUGGACCUGCCCAUGCAGGAAUACGCCUUCAUCUAG